AUGGAGAUUUCUAAAACAAAACCUCUUCAUGGUAUUGGUGAUGACAGCACUGAGAAAUACUACAGACUGAAUGAUACAGUAUUUGCUGAACCAGUGACAGUAAAUGCUGAACAUGAAACAGAUGGUAAAAAGGAAGACGAGUGCCAAUUCACAUUUAUGGAUAAAGUAAUCAUACAGAAGAAUCCUAAAAAGAAAUAUAGAAAGUUUCAUAUUGAUGUUGACAAAUCUAGUGUGACAUGUCCACAGGAAAACUGUGGAAAAACGUUCAAAUCGCAACCCCUUCUCAAGGCUCACAUACGUAAAGUGCACUGUGCAGUUUGUAUGUUUGUCUGCGACGUGUGCGGAAUGUCGUGUACGGCUAAAUACUUAUUGAUACGGCACAUGGCGGUUCAUGAGAAGAAGACAGUCGAGUGUCCUGUUUGUAAGAAAAUGCUUAGUGUUAGGACGAGCUGCUCCGCGCGGUUUCACCCCCGUGGCUACACUCCUAUUGGUCGUACGGCGUACCGUGAUGAUAUAUAG